AUGGCCAAUCUGCAUACUGCGGCCCACAACCACCGCAUUCGUCAUCCCACGAACUUGCCAGCUCCCACCGACUACGACACCUCCUUGACCCUCGAGGCCCGCAAGUUCCUGAAGACGUACGGUCUCACUCCGCCGGGUGUAGAUACCUUCGAGAAGCAGAGCGAGAGAUGUUUGGCCAUCCUGAACAGCAGGAAGACGCCCAUUGAGAAGUACCAGUACUUGAGCGUGCUGAGGAACACCAAUGUGCAUUUGUUCUACAGGUUGUUGGCGGAGAAUGUCAAGGAGCUCACUCCACUCAUCUACACCCCGACCGUCGGCGAGGCCUGCCAGCGCUGGUCGGAGCUGUACACCCAGCCUGAAGGCAUGUACCUUUCCUUCGAGGACCGCGGCAACCUCCACAGCGUCAUCCAGAACUGGCCGCACGAUGUCGAGAUCACUGUCGUCACCGACGGAUCGCGUAUUCUCGGACUCGGUGACCUUGGCAUCAACGGCAUGGGUAUUCCAGUUGGCAAGCUCAGCUUGUACACUGCCUGUGCCGGUAUCCACCCGUUGAAGACGCUCCCGCUGUGCUUGGAUCUCGGUACGAGCAAUGAGUCGUUCAGGAACGAUCCGCUCUACCUUGGCAGCAGGCGCGAGAAGGUGACUGCCGAAGAGGAGAAGGACUUCUUGGACGAGAUGAUGGCUGCUUUGACUGAGCGGUGGCCAGGAAUCGUGAUCCAAUACGAAGACUUCAAAAACCCCUUCCCCUCCCUCGAGCGCUACCAGGAGACCUACACCAUGUUCAACGACGACAUCCAAGGCACCGGCGCCGUCAUCCUCGGCGGCUUCAUCAACGCCGUCAAGCAAUCCGGCGUCGCACCCGCGGACCAACGUGCCGUCUUCCUCGGUGCCGGCUCAGCCGGUGUCGGUGUCGCCAAGCAACUGACCGAGUUCUUCAUGAAGGAAGGUCUCUCCGAAGACGACGCGAAACGCCGUUUCUGGCUCGUCGAUAGCCAGGGUCUUGUCACGAACGAUCGCCCGGGCAAGCUGGCGGAUCACAAGAUCUACUUCUCCCGUGACGAUAACAAGGGUAAGCAAUACAAGACGCUUGAGGAGAUCGUCGAGUACGUCAAGCCGACGAUCUUGAUGGGAUUGUCCACUAUCGGUGGCGCUUUCACUCCCAAGAUCUUGUCGCGCAUGGCGGAGAUGAAUGACCGGCCGGUUAUUUUCCCAUUGUCUAACCCGAGCAGUAAGUCGGAAUGUACGUUCGAGGAGGCGAUCAAGUACACGAAUGGAAAGUGUCUGUUCGCUUCGGGCUCGCCGUUCCCGACGCUCAACUUUGGGGGCAAGGACUUGGUUCCGGGCCAGGGAAACAACAUGUAUGUGUUCCCUGGUAUCGGCUUAGGCGCCAUCCUAUCCAAGGCGGUAAGCGUCACGCAGAACAUGAUCUACUCCUCCGCCGAAGCGCUCGCCACCUCCAUGCUCCCCACCGAACUGCAAGACCACUGGCUGUACCCCGACAUCCGCCGCAUCCGCGAAGUCUCCGUCAUCGUCACCCGCGGCGUCAUCCGCGCUGCCCAACGCGAUGGCGUCGACCGUGAGUUGGCACUCCGAAACAUCAGCGACGAGGAACUCGAGGAGUACAUUCGACAGAGGAUGUACGAUCCGUUCACUGAGCAUGAGAAGGUGGAGCGGGAGUUGGUGGAUUUGGCGGAGAAAGUUAUGACGAAUUCUCCUAUGAGUCCCAAGGUUAAGCCCGCGGAUGCGCUGGGAGGGGCUAUGACGAACGGGAAUGGGACGGGGCAGAGGAGGAGUACGGUUACUUCGCGUCCGGGUACUUCUGGCGGCAGGAAGUGA